UCCACCAACAUGCUGCACUUACAAGACAAAAAUUUCAUCAUUUUCUUCAAACCAAAUCUUCAUCAAAAAAAAGCAUUGAGACAGGAUACCAUUUUGGUUCAAAAAACCCUCUUCAAAUUCCUCUCUAAAACCCUAAUGCUCCUCUUAUAUAAACAGAACUUCAUUCAUGAAACAAGGGGCCUCACCAAUGAUAACCUAGCCGCCACUUACCUUUCAUUGAUUCUUUCUCUCAUUACACAGUCCAUCACAAAAGAAAAAGAGAAAAAAAACUUCUUCAUGAAGCUACUGUUCACGUAGCAAACAUGUGUGAAUAAAAUACUUUUUCUUCAUGUAAAUCAAGAACUCUCCCAUACCACCAUGUUUCACAUCAUCUUGUAACACUUGCACAACCAAAACCAGCUUCCUCUCAUUCGAUACAACAACACCACGAAAUUAGAUCAUGACCACAUCACCACUACAUAAAACCUUCAUCAAACACCAACCUUACAACACUUAUCCUCCUCAUACAAUAACAUAACUCGCAGCACCUCAUUUACCAACCGGAAACUACCGUGAAACUCUGACUUGCAAGCGCUUCCUUCCACGAUUCGAAGCACCGCAAUUAACACUUCUGGAUCCACUCUCUUUUCGACUACCUUCGAUCGAAAUCGAAACCCGCGUCGCCUGCAACUGUUGAUUUUGCCGUCGUAUCCCCAACACCGACGACUACACCACCGCCGCGCAUCUACGAUUGAAACACGGUUCUUCAUAGAAAGACAGAGGAAGCAAAAUGGCUACCAAGAGGCUAAAGGAGUUGUUAGAAGCUCACAAAUCUUCUCCGCGUGACUACCAUGUUUAUUCAAGUGGAUAUCUACACCCUGGGCAGGUAAUGAGCUUUAUGUGUAUGUGCAUCAAAUUGUUUGGGCAUUUCAACUUCAUAUGUAUUUAGAAGCACUUUUGUUGUGCUGUGCAUUUGGAAGAACUUUUGUUGUGUUGUUCAGAAAAAAUCAUCUUCAUAUACACCCAAGACACACGCACACACAUUAUUGACUUCUAAGUUUGUUUGUUUUUCUUACCUUUGCAUGUAGGUUAUUUUUUUAACAUUCAUGUUUGAAGUUACAAAUUGCUAUUUGCUGGAUGAGAAGUCAAUUUGUACCAUUUUUUGGUUAUCAUAUUUAGCCAUUUACUCUUUGGGGUGUCUCUUAUGAAAUAUGCUUGCAAUUUUGAUUUGAUUUUGAUACGUUUAUGGAUGUGUGCUGCACUUACCUGAAUCUAAGUUGCGGGGUUUGUGUUUUUGGGUUAUGAAUCAAACUCUUUAAUUUCCCCUACCAUCUGAGCAUUCUUUGAUUAGCACUUAGUGUUUUUGAUUUUUGAUGAAAAUACAUUAAGCCUUGAAAUUUUAUAGUUUUUACAGGACAUCUUCUCAUGCAUGAUAAGUAUAAGCUAAAGGAAUGAAUAUCUUGAAGCUGGUGCAUUAAUUGUUGGACUCCUUGGAUCAUAUACUUGAUCAACCUUUAACAAUUUUAAACAAUAAUGGAUUAUUAUAUAUUGUCCUUAUAUAUAAUAUAUUGUCCUUAUAUAUAAUACAGAAACACUUUUCAGAUUAUGAUUACAGACUGAGUGUGUGCUGAUUCAUCUUUUCCUCUUUCAUUCCAAACUGAAUCAUACUUAAUUUCUUCAAACACCAGUACCAUGAUGUUGCAGCUUUCUAUUCAACGCGCAAAGUUGAAGUUUCUCAUGUCUAGGAUCUCUGCUUUGGGAAAUUCCCAUUUCUCAAUAGCGGCUCAUUCAUCUUCCAGUAACCGCAAUGCUCCGAGGGUUCCGAAUCUUAUUGGGGGAAGGCUUAUUGACUCAAAAGCGUCAAAUUUCAUCGAUGUUAUAAACCCGGCAACACAAGUAGUUGUUUCACAAAUUCUGUUGACUACAACUGAAGAAUUUAAAGCUGCUGUAUCUGCUGCAAAGAAGGCAUUUCCAGCAUGUCGUAACACUCCGGUUACGACACGUAAAUGUGUUAUGUUGAAGCUCCAGGAGCUCAUUCGUAGAGAUAUGGAUAAAAUUGCUCUUAAUGUGACCAUUGAACAAGGAAAGGAAAGACACUGAAGGAUGCACAUGGAGAUGUAUUUCGUGGCUUAGGUUCACUCUCCUUCUGGUGUGCAUUCUAACAAAUCCCUUCAUUCCAACUUACAAACACAAAUCAGUUGCCAAGUCUCAGAUUUUCCAUGCAACAUGAGGCAUGAUUAUGUGAAAAUUGACAUGUUCUUUUCCUCUAUAAUAUAAUAUUAUCCGCAUGCGAUAGAAAUAAACUGUCGAGCAGGAAUCAAUCCUCAAGGUGCUGCCACUAUUCGGAGAGGUGAAGGAAUCGAUACAAAUAAGCAACCCGACUAUGUCGACAUGUGUCUUUAUCUAAGUAAAGCAAUGAUGGCAAGUCGGCAACGAUGAAUUCGGCUGCAUAAAUUGUGGGGUUCAGAGGCAGACCGGUUCAUUACGAUUCGAAAAAGAUAAGUGUAUCCUUACAAUAUAUAUUUUCGGUUACAGAAUUAUAUCAUUACGAUACAAUUUUACAAUGCUUGACAUAACAGAAGAUACUAUUAGAAUGCUUCUAUUCGAGGAUCAGUGUCGUAAGCGCUUAAUACCGGAAUAGAAAUUGGUGGUUUUUAUGAUGCUAUUAACCAACAGAUGGCCUCUCACAAACCAUCCUUGAUGAGAUGUUUUUGUUUGAUUUCCUUAUUUCAUAAUUAGAUUGUUGUUACAGUAUUUGGCUCUGUCAGUUUAACAAUCCAUAUGCUUUGAACAUAAUGUUGGGAAUAAAUGAUUGAGAAUUAAGUUGGAAUCAAUCUUUCAUGAUAAAGAGGUCUUUUCAAGGAAGGUUGCAUGACAAGAAUGGCUUGGACUCUGGAGAGAUUGAGAGUAGACCAGUCAAUGCAGCAACUAAUUUUCCAGAAUUAUGUUGCGGCUGAACCAAAUCAGUAUGAAGACAUCAGUCACUAUGAGCCGCAUAAAAGUUCAUAAGGGUACUCGGACAACGACCAGACCAGAAGUUUUUCUGCAAUAUAUGGUUUUAGUGUUUUAAUCAUCAAUGUUUAGAUACGAUGAAUGAUUAAGUUUUACCUAUCGAUAUGGUGAUUCUACUAAAGGAAAAGAAGUUUUUGUCAAAAAUUAUGAUGUCAACAUUAUUGAGAAACAUGAUAAACUAAUAAAACCUUGAGAUAAACAAAAGUUUUUUUUUACAGAAAGAAUAGAGGAAUGCUAAUUGCAUUCAAAGUUUAAAUAUAAUAUCUAA